CAGUGUGAGACUGAGUUAUCAAUGAUCACGUUAAUAUCAGUUAAUUUUAACAUUUUUUAUAAUUUAUGAGCCAUAUUUUUUAGCAAAUGUUUCGCGAAUUUUAUGCGUCCGUGUACGUCCGAAUGUGAUAUUAUUUCUGAAUUUUCUGAUGAGAGUGGGAGAUAUUGCACAAGUCAAAUGUUAUACGGCGCACCGUUAUGGUGGAACUUGAUCGUCAUAAGCAGCCCCCGAGCUCAAUGUAAACCUUUGCAUAAUUGUGUGGAACUCGCACGAAUUUGAACGUUCCCGUCAUGGCGACCAACGGAAUCACUUCCACGCAGCAGAUUAUUGCAUCGUCUACUGGGGCUAUGCUAACUUCCUUGUUCACAACACCACUCGAUGUAGUCAAAGUUCGUCUACAGAGUCAGGUGAAGCUCACAUCUCCCCUCUCCCAGCAAUUAUACUGUGAGACCUAUUGUACCGGCUUACUUAACCAUGUUUGCGGCCGCCAGAGUGCAGUGGCCGCUUAUCCCGGCGAAGAACCCUUUUCAGCCAGAAAUCACGGAAGGAUAGCGACUCCGCGUUUUACGGGAACAAUCGAUACUCUAGUGAAAGUAGCUAGGCAGGAAGGCGUUCUCACGCUAUGGGCUGGACUUCCGCCAACCUUAGUCAUGACAGUUCCUGCAACGGUGUUAUAUUUUACCACAUAUGAAAAAUUAAAAGAGCAGUUAUCAAAGAGCAGAUACACGGAUUAUGGACUGGUUCCUAUUUUUGCUGGGGCUUUGGCAAGAAUAUGUGCCGUUACCGUUAUCAGUCCCAUCGAACUGAUUAGGACCAAAUUACAGUCUGAAAAACUGGAUUAUUAUUAUAUCUGGAGAGCCGUAAAGGCUACAGUUAAGAAGGAAGGCAUUCUGUCGCUAUGGCGUGGAUGGGGACCGACUAUUCUGCGAGACGUCCCAUUUUCGUGCAUUUAUUGGUUCCAUUAUGAAACGUUUAAGAAAAUGGUUCUGAAGCGCAAGCAGUCUUCUGAGCUUCCUGUGAUUUGGGCCUUCGCAUCCGGUGCCGCGGCUGGAACGAUAGCCGGUGUUACCACACUUCCAUUUGACGUGGUCAAAACGCAUAGACAAAUUGAGCUCGGGGAACUAUUGUCCGUUCGUCCCACAGUACGGAAACAACCGACCACCACUCUCGCACUGAUGGUAAAUCUCUACAAGCAGCGUGGUAUCAAAGCCUUAUUUUCCGGUGUGGCUCCGCGAGUCGCCAAAGUUGCUCCGUCCUGUGCCAUUAUGAUAAGCAGUUAUGAGUUUUUCAAGAACUACUUCCGAAAGAAAAAUCAGGGAAUGGCUAACGACGUGCCUUCGCAUCACAAUGUUUUGAUGUUACAAAAACCGAUUAUCUCGUCUGCAAAUAAGUUAGAUGAAUCCGAUGAUAAACGUGGUAAACACUGACUGAAGUCAUUGAAGUUGAAGUAUUUAUCAUUAAGCUGUUCAUGCUUUUCUUUUGGUACAUGAUGAAGGCCAAAAGAACUUUAAGGAAGGUCUGUAAAUGACCUACUCUGUACUUGUGGUUUAUGGUAUGAAAAAUCCUAAAAAUUAUGCUGAUUUUGCAUCCGGCCGGCAUUCUUUUAGUCGGUCUUGUAUUCCUGUGACAUAAGUCAGUUAAAAACAAUAAAUCAUUGUUUCCUAGAAAAAGAGUAAUUUCAUAGCAGUGUAC